AUGGCAAACUCCAACACCAGAAGAAACCCUCCCAUGGAUGGAGCAGCGUGUGAGUCCGACCCUGAUCCGCGAACCUUCAACGCAAACCUCCAAGCGAGGACAAACCAAGUCCUCAGAACUCUUGCUUCCGGGGUUGAUGUCCAAACUCUUUCACUGGAUUCUCUGAAAGAGAUAAGCGAGUGCCUAUUGGAGAUGAACCAGGAAGUGGUCAAAGUCAUCUUGGAUAGCAAGAAAGAUAUCUGGAGAAAUGAAGAGCUGCUCAAGCUUGUACAAGAUUACUUCAAUGACAGCUUGCCCACCCUUGAUUUCUGUGCUUCCCUCGAGAAUUGCUUGAAGCAUGUGCGUGAUGCCCAUUUGCAGAUUUUCACCGCCCUUCAUUGCUUUGAAGAAGAACAUGGGGAGGGCUGUUGCAGUUACUCAAAAAUCUUGGAGGAACUGACAAAAUUCAAGGAGACCGGAGACCCUUUCACCAGGGAGUUCUUUGAGCUCUUUCAGACAAUUUACAAGCUACAGAAGUCCAUGCUCAAGAAGUUGUGGAUCAAGAAGAAGAAGAUUGAGAAGAAGCUUAAGAGCAUACAGAUGUGGAGGAAAAUCUCAAGCAUGAUACCGGUUGCAACUUUCGCAGCCAUUCUAAUCUAUUCUGUCACAACUGCUACGGUGGCUUCUCCGCCAGUUGUUGCUGCCCUAGCAGCUGCAACCGCCAUGGAUGUGAUUGGCAAGUGGAUUGACUCCCUUUGGAGGAAUUGUGAAGAAGCACUGAAGAGACGGGAGGAGGUGAUCACCUUGAUGCAAGCCGGCAUCUUUGUUGCUCUCAAGGACCUGGAUAAAAUGAGAAUUACGAUUGACCCUUUGGAGGUACAGAUUAAGAGCCUCUUGCAGAAAGCUGAUUUUCCAAUUGAGGCGGGAGCAGAGGCAGUAAAGCUCGGAAUAGCGGACAUUAAGAAGAAGCUGAGAGACUUCAUGAAGGACGCCAAAGGACUGGGAAAAGAUGUCAAUAUGUGCAGCUGCAAUAUCCAGAGAUCAAGGCUAGUGGUGCUUCAGAGGAUUAUAAAGCCUCCUACCAAUUGCAAUGGUGCCCCAAUGUAGCU